AUGAAUCAGCAUCACGUGCAACGGCGGCCGGCAAGCCAGCACGACACCCGCAACACAUGGAACGAGUACGCGCCGCAGAAGCAACAGUCGCAGUUCCAGCAAACUCCGGGUCCUUACCAGCAACCACCUUUGUCGCCGCAAUUUCCGCAAUAUCCGCCACAAAUGUCUUCGCAGUUCCCGCCGCCGCAGCAGCAGCACGAGCAAGCGGAGGAGUUUCCGUGGGACCAUGGCGACAACGUUCCCGUCGCCCCCGUUAUCGCGUUCCCUGGUAACCACCAGAGCGUCGCUGGUAACCACGCGGGUAACCACAUGGGCGUCGCGAGUAACCACGGUGGUAACCACCGCCGAUCGCGAUCCAUGGGAAUGGCGGCUAUGGGAAUGGGGGGCGUUGCGCCUGAUUUUCUUGCGCAGAUGGGAGCGCCGGGACAGUUUCCGCCAGGCCCAGCGGGAGCGGGGAGAGGCGCGCAUCCGCCUGCGCCAGGGGGUAGAGGGGAGGCGGGAGCGCAGGGGAGAGUCGGAGGCGAUCUGGACGGGCGCGGAAGAGGGGGAGGCGCGGGCGGAGGGGUUAGCGGCCCAGGGGAAGGUCCGAGGGGGAAAGGCGGAGCGGCGGGGGAACCUAGAGGCCCCGGCGGAGGAGGUCAGGAAGCGCAAGGCAAGGGGGCAAAUUUAGACAGUAUUGACCCUCGCUUCAAGCCUAAGUUUAUAAAAUCCGGUGGGCGGGUGUGGGAGAUGUUUUCAGGACCGUCCGUUAAUAUACUAAGAAGAGAGGACGACGCGGAUUUGCCGCCCGAGGACUUAGCGGCUAUGGUUGCCGCGCCUGUCGCGAAGCCCUCGCGCCAUCGGCGCACCAAGUCCGCCUUCCCCGCGGACUCCGCGCAAUUCCUGCAGGAAAUGGAUUUCCGCGGAGGGGAAGGGGGGAACAAAUCGGGGGAGGGGGCGGACGGGGAAGGGGGAGGCGGAACCGGGUUCGGCGGGGAUGGCGGAACUGGAGCGUGGGGAGCCGGCGGGGGAGGUGGGGGCGGGAAAGCGGGCGGAAUAGGGGCUGGGGGAGCUGUUGGGGGGAGGGGGAGCGGGCCUGCGGGCGGGCAGAGAAUGUUAUCGUCAGCAGGGGGGGUAAGGCGCGCCUCUCUUGACGGCGGCGGAAGGGGCGCCCCCCUUGAGGGUGGGGAAAGGCGCGCGUCCCUUGACGGGGGGAGGAUCCCCGCGCCUGUCCCCUCCUCCUUCUCAGACCCUUCCAAACCGAUCCCCGCCCAUCCUCUGAGGCAUCGGAGGAUAGUAACGAGAAUCUCUUGCAGCAACACCAGGAUGGCAAUUCCGGGAAUUACGGAAGUGGGAAUCAAGCUUCAGGCCAAGCAUCCGCCCUCCUUUCCCCUCUGCACGGCGGAAGCCUUGGAGGCGGAUUCUCUGCGGGAGGCGAAAGGGGCGGCGGAGGCGGAGGGGGGCGAGGCGCAAGGGGAGGGGGCGGGGGGCAGGGUCACAGGCGCAGUCAUAGCUUGCAGGGGCCUGGGGGAGGGGGCUGGGGGUUCUCUGGAGGGGGGGGGCGGGGAAGGGUGGGCGGGGGGAAACUAUCGGGCGGAGCAGGCGCAGGCCCAGGCGCAGGCGCAGGGGCAGGGGGGGCGGAUGCGGAGACCUAGCACGGGGCAGAUGGGGAGAGGCGGGCACGUGGGGGAAACAGGCUUGAUUGGGGGAGGGGGAAGAGGCGGAGGCAGGGGCUGGGUUGGGGGAAGAGGCGGAGGAGGGGGGGAAUUGGGGGGAGCCAGAGGAAGUGGUAUGAUGGGAAAUGGAGUGCUGGAGGAGGGAGUGAGAGGAGAGGAGGGAGAAGAGGAGGAGAUAGGGGAAGAGGAGGGAGGAGAGGAGGAGGGAACAGAAGUGGAGGAUGGGAGAGUGCUUCCGGGGGAAGAGGGGGAUGAUGAUGACGUUCCCGUUGCUCCUGUCUCCCCUGUUCCUGUGCAAUGGGGUGCAGCUAAUGCAGGGUUCAAGGACCCAAACUCAGGAGAAGGGACUGGGGAAGGGGCGGUUGAAGCAGGCGUGAGGAUAGACGAUAUGGGUUUUGAUCCCGGUUUUGGUGCUGGUGCGGGUGGUGCUGGUGCUGGCAAUUCUACUGCUGGUGGUGGUUUUGGUGCUGUUGGUGGUGGCCCUGGUGUUGCUGGUGGUGGUUACAACACUGGGAGUAACACUGCUGGUUACCACACUGGUGGUAACACUGGUGCUCGUUUGCCGCCUCCUCACUCCCCACUUCGUCAAGGGGGUGGGGGCCAACCGCCCCAACAGCAGUCCUCUACACCUCCCCCUCACCGCCACUCUCGCUCCCACUCUCACUCUCCUUCCCCUCCCAAACCCCACCCUCACCCCCACACUCACUCUGUUUCUUCUCCCAAGUCCCACUCGCACUCCAACCCUCACUCCGUUUCUUCUCCCAAGCCCCAUCCUCACUCGCUUUCUCACUCGCACUCCCCGCCAAAGCCUCACCCUCACUCCCCCCGCUCGGCUCACUCUUCAUCCUCCCCCAAUCCCCCCGUUUCCCCGAGCCAUGCUGGGGGGAGCUGGGGGGAAAGGGCGACGGGGGGAGUUGGGGGAAUGGGGGGAGCAGGACGGGGGGGAUCGCCCCUCCGUCCUUCUGCAGGGAAAGGGGGGGGAAUGGGGGGAGCAAGGGGGGGGAGGGGUGGAACAGGGGGAGGAGUAGGAAGAGCAGAAGGAGCUGGGGCAACAACACUUGCUGCUGGUGGUGCUGGUGCUUCUGGUGGUGGUAUGAGCGUGCUGGGGCGGCCCUUUGAGGAUAUAACGGAGCAGUUUUUACUGAGUAUGGAGGAGAUAGGGAGGGGACGAUCGGGCAGCAUCAGGCAGUGUGUGCAUCGGAGGAGCAACGAAGUGUUCGCGUGCAAAACAAUUCCCAAGGGGAAAAUUCAGAGCGAGGAGGAGGCGGAAGACGUGCGGAGGGAGGUGGAGGUGUUGGAAGCGGUGAGAGGGCAUCCCUGCUCGGUACAGCUGCAGGGGGUGUUUGAAGAUGAGGAGGUGAGAUAG